GUACAUGGCAAACACAGAGACCUAUCUGAAAAACGUGGGCCUGAAACACAUGCCACCCAACCUGCAGAAGGUGUCUCUCCUAAAAUCAGUUCCAAAGCCCAACCUGGACUCCUUCGUGUUCCUGCGGGUGCUGGAGCGGCAGGAGAACAUCCUGGUCGAGCCAGAGAUUGAUGAGCAGAGGGAAUACACCAUCGACCUGGAGGAGGGCUCACAGCAUCUCAUCCGCUACAAGGUCAUUGCCCCACUGGUGGCCUCGGGAGCGGUGCAGCUCAUCUGAGGGCCGAGGGCUCCUGCCCCCGGUGAGCGCCCGCAGCCAUGCCGGUGGACCUGGCCGUGCGGCUCUGCCUGGGCCACUCGCCCCCCAUCCGCAAGCUGCUGAACUCCUACGAGGAGCUGCGGGGCAGCCGCGGGCGCAAACCCCUCCGGUCCUGCCUCAACCCGAAGCUGAGCGCGGAACCCGAGCCCGAGCGGAGGGAGAAGAGCGGGAACUCCAAGGGCCAGAAGAAGAAGAGGGUCGUGUUUGCUGACACAAAGGGGCUCUCGCUGACGGCUGUGCGCUUCUUCUCAAAGAUCGAGGAGGACCUGUGUGACUUGCAGCAUGCCCUGUCUGACCUCGCCUGCUUCCGACCUUGGCUGCGGGACUCGCACCCAGAAGCGUGCAGGUACGUGCUGGACUUCCCACAGCCCUCUGCAGACUACCUGGCCUUCCGCAGCCGCCUGCACAGCAACCUCGUCUGCCUGGAGAACUGCCUGAUCCAGGACCGUGCCCUGUCGGGGACAGUGAAGGUCAGAAACAUUGAGUACGAGAAGAAGGUCAUGGUCCGCAUCACCUUUGAUGGCUGGAAGAGCUUUCGGGACGUCUCCUGCCAGUACAUCCAUAGCACGUAUGGCUCAGCCGACACAGACAUCUUCUCCUUUGAGCUUGCCCUACCCAAGCCGUCUGUCUCCCGCAGGGCUGCAGAGUUCUGCAUCUCCUUCCAGUGUGGACAGAAGACCCACUGGGACAACAACCACGGGAGGAACUACAAGAUCUGCCACACGGGGAUGAUCCGGUCGCCCUCCCGUGCUGUCAAGAGCGCGGGCUGGGAGCCCCUGGGUGCCCCUGGGGCGGCUGCCCUGGUCCUGUCCCACCUGCAGAGCUGGCGGCGAGCGGAGGCCCAGGCUCCCUACUGGUAGGAGAGCAGAGGGUGCAGGUCCCUUCUGCCUCUGAUGGUGGCACGGGGGUCUCUGGGGAGGGGGCAGCCGCCCAAGAUGCAGCUCAUGGUUGUCUCCUCCGGGUGUCUGACCGGGCAGCUGCUGGUCUCCACGGGAGCUUCUUCCCUGCUGGCUCCUGCCCCAGAGCCUGGAGCUGCUGCCCUCUGUGACUCCUGCCCGCCGGCUCUCAAGGCCAGGGGAGCGACGAGGAACGGCCGUGACCCGAGGCUGAGCCCCUGCUGCCGCCCAAGUGCCUUGUGCGGAGCCGCUGUGGCGGCGGCAGCGGGACCACUGCCCUGCGGGGCUCCGUGCGGGCAGGCCCGGAGCUGCGGGGAGCGCCUCCGGUUGUUGGUGCUGUAACGGGGAGUUAAUAAAGUGACGGCGCUUCGCGA